UUUCAUGCGACAAGGUAGUGAUGGUGGCAUUUUUGUAAGCGUGCCAAAAGUCUGUUCUGAUUGGUCAGUUAUAAAACUAUUUCCAGAUAGGGAAGUGGAGUAUAACUCGGUAGGUGCUGUAUUACUCUUUUUCCGGGUUAGUGGUUUGUCUGUUGGGAAAAAGUGUUGAAGAUAACAGAAGCAUAAUAACUGUAUCUACUUCGGGAUUUUCAUGGCUUUUCCAGGAUAUGGUUAUGGUGGAUUUGGUGCACCAGUGCCUGGAAUGCCUGUAGCAGGACUGCAGUCUGUGCCCGGUGGAGCAGCAGCAGGUUACCAAGGAUAUUCUCCUUUUGGUGGUGGCUACCAUGUUAGUGCGGAUCCUAUGUGGAAUUACUUUUCUGCUAUAGCAGGGCAGGAUGGCGAAGUGGAUGCUGAUGAACUUCAGCGGUGUUUAACACAGUCUGGAAUUCAUGGUUCUUACACUCCUUUCAGUUUGGAAACCUGCAGAAUUAUGAUAGGCAUGCUGGAUAGAGAUUUUUCUGGGAAAAUGGGAUUUAAUGAAUUCAAAGAACUUUGGGCAGCUUUAAGUGGAUGGAAACAGAAUUUCAUGACCUUUGAUAGGGACUGCAGUGGAACAGUUGAACCACAUGAACUAAGUCAAGCCAUUUCAUCUAUGGGCUAUAGACUAAGCCCUCAGUCACUGAACGUCAUUAUUAAACGUUACAGCAAGAAUGGCAGAAUUUAUUUUGAUGACUACGUUGCUUGCUGUGUGAAACUAAGAUCGCUUACAGAUGCGUUCAGAAGAAGAGAUAACAUGCAGCAAGGAAUUAUUAAUUUUAUGUAUGAUGACUUUCUACAGUGUACCAUGGUUGUCUGAUCAACACCACAGAAAUUCGUGGAUGGAGUACUCAUCAUGUGAAUCCCAGACUGUGAAAUUUACCACCACAUUAAAACAUCGGUCUUUUAGGGUUUUCUAGUUACUGUUUCUGUCAUUUUAGCAAGGGAGUGUGCACAUUGAUUUUUUGUAUUGUUUUGUAAAAUUAUUAUCCCGGGAUGAUUUUUAUUAUUUUUUGCACUGUAGUGUUUAUAUUCAGUUUUGUAUUGCACACACAUACAUUGCCAUAUUACUUUGCUCAGCAUUAGUCUUUGAAAAAUUUAUAUGGAGUAAUUAUGUAAUGCAAUCACUUUACUAUUUAAUAACACCUGUUGUAUCUAAAAUGCGUUUAUUUUUGUAGUAUGUUUUAAAUUUAUGUACCAUUUCUUUUACAAGGCAUUGCAUUUUAUACUGCUUUUACUGAACUUUGGAAAAAGUGAUACCUUGUGCAAACUAAAUGAAGGGUAAUUGCAUUUAGAAUGUUUUUGAAAACAAGGUUCUUCCCCAGUGUGAGGAGAAGUAGUUAAGGAAUUAAAAUUAAAAGCCUUUGCUGAGAUCUCCUGGCUGUGUGACGUGAUUGAAAAUAGAAGAACUAAAAGAUGCUGCAUUGGCUGUGGUUAAUGGAAAUCCUAGUAAUAAAACCUGGAAUCACACCCAGCCAUUGGCCAUGGUUAAUGGAAAUCCUAGAAAUAAAACCUGGAAUUACACACCUAGCCAUUUCCCAUGGUUAGUGGAAAUCGUCGAAAUAAAACCUGGAAUCACACAUGCAGCCAUUGGCCAUGGUUAAUAGAAAUCCUAGAAAUAAAACCUGGAAUAUCACACCUAGCACCUGUACAGAGCGCAGCAACCCGAAGACACCAUAUAAAACAAAGACUUAGUGAAAUCUUUUCAGGGCUGCUAGCCCAGGGGGGACUGUAGCAGUUUCAUUAGUGAAACUUUAAAAAUCCUUGUUCUGACGUAGUACCUCAGAACUGGAUCCACAAUACAAAUACAAGCAGAGUAAACCAUGAAGUCCCCUAAAGCAUGGGAAAUUUAUUAAGUGGAGUGAUAAGAGGAAGGAGUUCAGUAUGCCAGACAGGGGUGAGUGGAAUUCGGAAGGAUAAGAGAAGGCUAUAAAAGGAUUGUAAAUGCUUAUUUAUUAUGUUCGUUAACCAGAAAAGUUAACACAAUUUUGUUACUACUUUACUUUUUGUUACUGCCAAGGUCAAAGGUAUAUACAAACUUUAUGUUCAGAAAUGCUGACAGUAAGUAAGUAUAGGACAGUAGCAGGAGUAAUAGGUUCACAGGUACUUACUAGGCUGUAGAUCCGUAGUGAUCUUUAGAAACCUAUCCCUGCAUUCCCUUGUAGGUUUUAGCUCUUGUAUAACCCUGAGACAAACGGAAUAUUUACAUGGUGUUCUUAUCUACGAGGGACAAAGCUGCUAAAUCAGGAAUGAAAUUGCGGUUACCCAUCCAUUCAUCCAGAUUGCAUUUAAAUAGAGUAAGAGAUGUACUUUGCCGUAUGUGGAGAGGAAUAUCAUCCCAAAGAAGAGGUAUUCUCUAUCUAGCCAUUGUACAUGUUCUGUUUCUGUUGCAGUACAGAUUGACACCUGUUGAACAAGGGUUUAUGCCCCCAUUGGACUUAUGAAUGUGCAGUAGGUCUGACUGCAUUAAAUCAGCGGCACUGCAUGCAUAGUAGAGAUCUCCCCUCAGUAGCCUGUAUGACACCAAGGAGUGUGACAAGGCUUGGAAGAAGGUCCACAUAGAUUCUUUCACUUAAUUUUCUUAGAAGGCAUUGUGGGCAUUCAAGUUGCAUCGGAUGUUUGGACAGGUGCACUCUGAAGGGGACAGUGCAGUGAUCACCUAAUGAGAGACCUGUACAGUGGAAUGAUUACAUCCCUGACCUGGACACCAUACCUUUAGGUGUAAGCUGUGCCAUGAAAAGGGGCCAUCUUACAGUAAUUAUGUGCUGAUUUUGUGGUGAUUGUAUUUGUGAUACAGUAAGCAAAUGCAAGCAUGUAAACAUGUCAUGUAACAUACCUUUAAAGCAGUGACAUUUGUAAGAUUCCUUUGAGUGGUAAAAUAAGAGUAAGAUGUACUACUUGCAUCUUCAGGUAUGUUUCAGCAAGCAGGUGUUUCCGUGAAGGAUUUCCCCUAUUAUGAUAUUGCAUAAGGGCCUAGAAAAGUUUCAUCCUAGAUUCUUAGAUCAUAAGUAGAAUGCUUUCUUUUUGGAUUAACUGGCAUCCAUCUGGCUUUCAGUAUAACGCAACAGUAAUGCUCACUAUUUACAGCAAAUGUAAUAAAUUGAAAUAUAUGUAUAAUAUUUUUGUAAUUGUGUAAUUGAGGUGUUAUGGCACACUGGAUGUUGUGACUGGUAAAGCAUAUUCUAAGCAGGGGAUAAGAGCAUUAAUGUCAUUUGCUCUUCUAGCAUUAGUGGUUACUAAGUGUGAUAAUAUGUGGGAUGAUCUUAAUUGAUUUUAAUACAUUUUCAGUAGUUUUGGUCCAGCGAUGGAAAAGAUGAUGGUGAUCUGUUCAAACUCCCAAAUAUUUUUCUACCUGCAUUGGUGGAAGGAGAUUUUCAAAAUAUAGUUUGUUAGAAUAGGAGAAUUUUGUAACCUUCUCAACUGCUUAUUUCCAGAAUUGGGGACAAAUCUACAAAUCAGACAUUUAAAUGUUAGUUUUAUUCUUGUGAAAUUGAUGAAUACGGGAAUGUGAAUUAACAUGUUUUUUUCUGAAGUAAAAGCAAUCUAUAACUGUAAUUGUUGUCAUUAAGUGUAAUCCACUACCUUGUAUUCCAAAAUUGCCAGUUUUAGGAGAAACGGAGCUAAAUUUUGUGCCAAAAUCAGGGAUAUUUUAAAGAUAUAGGAGUAGAACUGUAGGUUUAAGAUGUAUUUGAGUUUAUUAGGAUAUAAUCAGUUCCACAGAUGCUGAAUUUUUCUGCAAAUGUUUUCAGCCUAUUGACUGGGUUACUAAAAUUUAACUGCAUUUAAUGGUCUUGCCAGUUCAAUCAGUUAUAUAUUUAGAAGGUCAUUAUAUUAUUUAUCAAGGAUUUAAAUUACAGUGAACCCAGAACUAACUAUUAACAUAUGCCACAAGUGAAAGGAGUUAUGCUAAGUUUGCACCACUCAAAAGGUUAUAUGAUUUUUGAAUCCUCUUGUAACAUUAUUGGAAGAGCCAUACUUGGUCUUUGGAUAAGGAAAUAAUUUCUUUCACUUUCUUUCUAAGUAAAUUGGGCCAAGCCAUAUUGGUCCAGUGAAAAUUAAAGUAUAAUAAAGUGAAAUGGCAGAAAUCUGCCAAUCGGGUGGAGAUGGUAAAAUAACUACAUUUUAAUACACUAUUUUCAUUUAGUGGGGUUAGGGAAGUUUUAUAAAUGGAGUUUGCCAACAGGAAAUGGAAUAAUUCAAAGAAUGUGUAACCUAGAGUGGGGGUGACAGGUUUCAAAGAAGUAUGUGAAUGUUGGGUAAUUAAGCAGAAGAUAUUCAAGCAAGAUAUCAAGCUUAGAAACGAGUAAGUAGAUAGAGUUAAAUAUACAAAGAUAGCUUAAAAAGGAAAGAAAAGAUGGGAAAAACAACACUUGUAAGAAUUUGGUAACAGAGGUAAGUACAAAAGAAAUCCUAAAAUUGAGAAUCAUUUGCCAAGAACCUUUUGAGAGUUGGCGAAGGAUAUUAGAAACAGCUACAAACAUUGAAGGAGCUAAAGGAGAGGGGGCAGUUAAUAAAGAUGCCAGUAUUAUGUUUUCUGAUCUGUACUUGUUUAUUUGUUGCAUUCUCCAGGAUACAUUAAAUGCAAACCUGAAUGGUAACCAGUCAUUAUAAUCAGUCUCUUUAGUCCAAGUUUGCAUAUUCAACACAAAGGUACACCUGGUUUCUUCAGAAACAAAAUGUAGACACAGUUCAACUGAUGUAGACCAUUUAGACUUCCUUCAGGUUAAAGUUCACCAUCCAUGUAGUUGAUGUUAGUUUACCUGUGUCAUUCAGAACACUUUAUGCUUCAAAGAUGAAAACCCGUAAACAUAAAUUUUGCCUCUCUGGCAUAGAGAGGUGAAGUUUCAUCAUUGACCAAAAUGACCCAAGUUUGACUAGCAGCUUGGGCAUCAGAAGAGCAAGACAGGGUGGGAUGAGCAUGAUCGACUCAUGCCAGGUCACCCAUCCUUGAGGAGGGAAAUGGUCACAGUCAGCCAGUCUACUCCUGUGCAAAUGAAGGCUUACAUAGUAAUGGCUUCAGGACCAGGAGAUGUGCACUUUCCAUUCCAGUCCAGUGAUGAGAGCUGACUAGUAUGAGUGUACUCCAACACACACCAGUGGAAGGGCUAGAAUGCUCCUGCAGUGAUUUUAAGUGCCCAUGUCAGCCACCAUAGAGUGGGGUUACUGACCUAACUACAAAACCCUUAAUGGUUGUGUGACAGCUUCUGAGGAAGGGAGGGCUGAUGGUCAGAAGUCAACAAGAGAGAAAAAAGCAACACACAUCAACCUCCAUAUAACAGUGCAAAGAUUCUGAGGUGCAUCCACAGAAUAUUUGCAAAGUGCGAAAAUGGAAAAGCAGUUCAGUGCACUAAAGAACUUCCUUGUAUUACAGGUGAAAAUGUUGCAUAUGUGCAUUGGUCAGCCUUCAUGUCUUUUACCAGCCCUUCCUUCAUACCUGCCCACCCACGUAUCAGUACUUGUAAUGUAGAUUCAAUGCAGUAGCUAUAGAAAAUAGUAGUGCUGCUUCAGUCUGUGCUAAUUGAUACAAAAACUCCAAUUGGCUGAGAGCAGACCUAUAGGUUCCCUUCCCCAUCCUUUCUUUUACAUUUUUCUAAACUGUUCUCUGUGUGCAUCCAUUUAUUUAUUUAUUUAUUUAUUUUCAACUUGACAUGUUUAUAUGUGUGUUCGUUCUUUCUUGAAUUUCUGUUUUAACCUCUUCAGAGUUUUGAGGAGCUGGAUCCUCUCCUAGACAGGAGUGGGUCUAAGGCAAAGAAUCUGCCCCGCAAAGAAUGCUAAUUAUCCUUAAUUUUAUUCUGUUUGCAUACUGUUUCCAACUAUGCCUUUCCCAAGUGGUUAGACAUCUUUUGAAUUAUUACAUUCCCUGCUGGUUACUCCAUUUAGAAGACUUCCAUUGUCCUAGUAAAUGUUUUGAUUACAGUUCUAAAAUUCAGCUCUUUAGAGCAUCUUCAUAUUUUGCCACAGCAUUUUGCUGCUUGCUAGUCGGGUAUCUGUACUUUGUUUCAUUUAUUAUAUUCCCAGGGAAGUGGGACAGCGCAUAUUUUGAUAUUCCUUUUGUAAGCCUUCUCAAGUGUUUCUGAAGUCUAUUUCACCCCUUCUGGCCUUUGGAUAUCUCUCUGUAUUUGGUUUAACUCACAUUUAUUAAUCUUUAAAUAUUUAUAUCUUUUAUAAUGCAAAUGCUACCACCAACUUGCUCAGCACAUCUAUUUGGUGUUGGUUUACCAGUAUUGAUUUUAUAACAAUCUGUUAUUUUGCCCAUUGUCUUGAAUUAAGUGCUUUUCUCCUGGGCUAGCAGGUUAGAGGUAUGAACAAGUCUUUUAGUGUCAUCGGACUGCUGGUAUUGCCAUGGCUACAGGAAUCUGAUUCCAGUUUUAUAACAAUUUUUCACAACCUGAAGUAGCUGUCUUUGUGGUUCUUCUCUAUGCCCUCUUCAUACGUCCAGAAGACCUAGGGGGAGGCUUAUUAAAUGCAAUUCCUCAACUUAUUUUCAUCACUGUAGUAAUGAAUAUCUUAUUUAAAAGAGUAAAAUGCUACUUUGUAAUCUAUGUUUAGUAUAAUAAGGACAGAAAAGGAAUUCAUGUUUAUACAGUUCUCUGUAAUACCUGAUCUUGUGAAAUAUUAAAGCAUUAUACAGGCUU